AUGGCCUGGGGAGUAUUGGAUGACAAGCGGACACCCUUUCCAUAUGGGACCAUAAUUCUGGAUCGCGUUGAUUUGGUAGAACAACAACAGCAGAAUCCGGGCAGCAAAGGUACAUCGAAGGAGGCUAUCAGCACAGUUCUCCACCCUCAGCCAUCGACAUCACCCAAUGAUCCUCUAAACUGGUCGCUCACUGUGAAAGCGAGCCUUCUCAUGACGCUCAUCGUAACCGUCACUGCCAUCGGAGGAAUUCACGGCAUGUUAGGGACGGCAGGACGCAUAUUGGCCGAGGAAUAUGACGUGAGCUAUGCAAAUCUGGUUCGUACAUUGCAAGCCCCUUCGAUUGCUGCGGGAGCGAUUGCCUUGUUUUUUUGGUCCGCUGUCGGUGCAAUCUGGGGCAAGAGGCUACCCAUCAUGGUUGCGGUGAUUGUGAUCUGGAUCACAAUGUUCAUCGGAUACUUUGCAAACUCGCUGGCCUUUUACAGAGCGUUGAGCGUGGCCAGUAGUGUCUUCGGAUCCGCACCCGAAUUGCUCAUCGCGCCAGUCAUCACGGAUCUGAGCUUCGUGCAUCAAAGAGGGAAAAUCAUGGCAAUCGUUUCAGUGGUUACACUUAUUGGUAUGGACUCUACUACUGUUAUCUCAGGCAACAUCAUAGAAAAUUUGGGUGUCAAGUACCUAUACAUCGUCAGCUUUGGCGUUAUGGGGGUGUUGCUGUUCAUGAACCUUUUUCUCCUUCGCGAAACAACUUUUCACCGGGGGAGAAGUGAAACCAACCUCAUCAGAAGCUGCGAUCGUGUUUAUGACAGCGCUGUCAAAAACCCUCUCGUCUGGGGUAAGGUCGGUUCUGAUUUCUAUACGCCAAAGGAACAUUUGCACGGCCAAGUGCCCGAGUCUCCGGCAGCGGAGCCAAAACGUCCCUGGACAUGGUAUCUUCGUGUCUACUAUGGACGAGCUUCGAGCGGAAGUUUCAUCAAGACUUUUUUUCAGCCCUUCUCACUGCUCAUCUUCCCAUCCGUGCUCUUCAGUGCGAUGAUGAAUGGUGUAAUACUUACCUGUUCUCUGAUCAGUGGCGUAAUCUCAGCACAAGUGCUACUCUAUCCACCAUACGAUAUUGAGCCCAAUAAGCUUGCAUAUCUGAGCUUACCAGCAAGCGGCGCAGCCUUCAUUGCGUCUGUCGUAUCCGGCUAUUUGAGCGAUUGGAUGAUAAGGUGGAUGUCGAAACGGAACGGUGGCGUAUAUGAACCAGAGUUCAGGCUACUCAUGCUCAUUCCUGCAGUCAUCCUUUCAACUUCGGGUUUCCUGAUACUGGGGCCUAUGUACAAGCGUUACGCGCCUGUGUGGCAGAUUGUGCUUGCAAACUUGCUCUUCAGUGUUGGUAUGCCGUUUGGGACUUCAGCUUGCACGACAUACAUAUUGGACACGAUGCAAAAGCGGUCGAGUGAAGCAUUUGUGGCUGCAACAUUGUUCAAGAGCUUGCAUGGCUUUCUGGCUACUUAUUAUGUGCCUGGGUGGUUUGCAAACAACGGUGCAAAUGCUACAUAUCGAUCGCUGGCAAUCCUAAACAUGGCGUUUGCAGCGUUGGCAAUUCCGGUGUAUUGUCUCGGGAAAAGGUGGAGAGGUGUGGUCAGUCGCAACACGUUUCUAAGAAAACAUUUCGACCAGGACUUGUGA